CGGGGCUGGAAGAUGCUCUCUGUGUUGGAGGAUUUGCUGGCUGAUUAAACUGUUGGGAACAGAACCCCCGUGAAUAACAAGGGACACCCUGUAUUCCACUUUUCAAGGGAAAAGGUCUCGAAGCGCUUCACACAAAAAAAGAAGAAAAUCCCCUGUCUCCAAAGGGCCGUACAGACUAAAAAGAAACCCAAGGCCCUUUUGAAGGUCCAAAUUAUCAUAUUGCACCACGCUGGGUCUACAACAUCACUUCUCUCUGGAUGGUUUUUGUGGUCAUUGCCUCGAUCUUCACCAAUGGCUUGGUGUUGGUGGCCACUGCCAAAUUCAAAAAGCUGCGGCAUCCACUCAACUGGAUUCUGGUGAACUUGGCAAUUGCUGACCUGGGCGAGACAGUUAUUGCCAGCACAAUCAGUGUCAUCAAUCAGAUCUCUGGCUAUUUUAUCCUUGGUCAUCCCAUGUGUGUAUUAGAGGGAUACACCGUGUCUGCUUGUGGCAUCACAGCCCUCUGGUCUUUGGCCAUCAUCUCCUGGGAGCGCUGGGUGGUCGUCUGCAAGCCCUUUGGAAACGUCAAGUUUGAUGCCAAACUGGCCAUGGCUGGCAUUGUCUUCUCCUGGGUGUGGUCUUGUGUCUGGACAGCACCACCCAUCUUUGGCUGGAGUAGGUACUGGCCCCAUGGUCUAAAGACAUCAUGUGGCCCAGAUGUAUUCAGCGGCAGCGACGAUCCUGGUGUCCAGUCUUACAUGAUUGUGCUCAUGAUCACUUGCUGCUUCAUCCCACUGGCUGUCAUCAUCCUCUGCUACUUGCAAGUGUGGCUGGCUAUCCGUGCGGUCGCUGCCCAGCAGAAAGAAUCCGAGUCCACACAGAAGGCUGAGAGGGAGGUGUCAAGAAUGGUGGUGGUCAUGAUCAUUGCCUAUUGCUUCUGCUGGGGACCCUAUACAAUCUUUGCCUGUUUUGCCGCUGCCAACCCUGGCUAUGCCUUCCACCCACUUGCAGCUGCCCUUCCUGCCUACUUUGCAAAGAGCGCCACCAUCUACAACCCAAUUAUCUACGUCUUCAUGAACAGACAGUUCCGUAACUGCAUAAUGCAGCUCUUUGGCAAGAAGGUGGAUGAUGGCUCUGAAGUCUCCUCCACUUCCCGCACGGAGGUCUCCUCUGUCUCUAACUCUUCUGUAUCACCGGCAUAAAAGACCCUGCCUGGAUGGACCCCAAAACAGGACUCUGCCUCCCAGGAGAGCCUGAGUGAGAACCUCCCUUUCCUCCUGCACCAUAUGGGUUCCCUUUGGGCAUAUGAAAUACUGGCCGGCCAUCUCCACAGACCCUCUCCUUUGGACUUUUAGACUGUGCCCCAGGCUUGGCCCCUGCUAUUUCUCCUGUGCUUGGGGAGGGAGAUGUUUUUGAUUUGUUUUUUGGAAGGUGAAAAAUGCAGAAUUCCAUGCUCAAAUAUUCCACUUUCCUGGGACAUCAGGUGUUGCUUGGACACUCCUUCCCCUCAGCUGCCAUCCUUAUCUAGUCUCUCACAUGUCCCUUUGUCUCCCAGGAUGGGGCAGAGCAAAGGGGGCUCUCUGUGGGAAGCAUAUAGCUUUUGUAAAGCAAGUCUAUCUGAGGCCCUCCCAGUGCUGAAACUGUCCCGGAGCCCACCCUGUCCCCAAAGCACCCCAUCCUGUGGAGGGAGGGAUGGACUAGUGGAGAUGUCCUUAUAGGGAGAGCACCUACAUUUUGGCCACACAGGGCCAAUUCUGAUUCUCUAUUGCUCUGCCCCUCCAAUGAAGCUUUCACUAGGGAGUGCAUCAAACGGGGGGGCCAGAUUAAUAAAGUUUGUCCCUCGAGGUGUCUGUGCCUCAGCAAGGUUGAUUGUAUUUAAUUCUAGCUCUUUCUUGGGAGCAGCCGUCAUUCUGACACAGGGCAGAACCACAGAGAGUCGACGCGAGCCACCUUGGACACCCCAGGGGCUUUGUGCUUCUCCCCAGCAUGGUCCAACCAGAACCAUUCUGUACAUAGUGUUUGAUACCAAAGCCUAUUGUGUCCCCUAACCGGGACAAUUAGUUAGAAAUGCAAUGGGGAAAAAUGGCCAAAAAAAAGCACACACAAAAAACACCAGUCAUCUCGGUACAGCAGAACUGCAGCAGCGAGAGUGAGCUAGAGAAUAAAGGUUUUUAACUUCUCUAUAAAAGCUCUGUUCUUCUCUUACAUGUCAUGCAGCCAAACAAUGCCCUUUGCCCACUGAUGUCU